GAAGCGGGGCUUCUCUAUGGACGCAGCCGGAGCGGCUGCUGCGGCGGCGUUGUUGUGGUCAGGAGAUGGGGAGGAUGAAGCUCUGGAGAUCGCGGCCGGAUCGGUGGUCAAGCUGCAGAACUUUCCGGUCUCCUGGGUGGAGGAGAAGACCCUCCCACUCCUUUCGACAAAGUUGGCCAGAUUGCUUGGGCGAUUUGGAGAGCUACGCUUUAGACCGGUGGCGCAAGCUGAAAAGUCCGGAGAACUGGCUUUCUAUGCAGCUUUCCAUGAAGCAUCUGCCGCAAAGGAGGCAGUUGCCAAACUGGACGGUACUGACCUCCGAAGCAAUGCAGAGAAGAAAGCUGCCGGAGGCCGAGCAGCACACAUUUGGGAGCGCUUCUCCGUGCAGUUGGAGGACAUGCUGAGCUCGGCAGUGGUGGCCCUCUGGAGCCAGCAGCAAGAUGGGUCCAAGCGGAAGCUUCGUGAGAAGCCAAAGGAAAAGCCGCGCGAAGAGCCUGCACAGCCCGAGACAGAGGAAGCCUUUGAGUUCGAGUUUGUGGAUGAGGACGAAGCUGCAGAAGCGAACAAAGCGGAGGACAGCGAGACGGAGCCGCCCACUGAACCGCCCAGUGAGGGUGAGGAGUGUGACGAGGACCGAUCCAAAGUGACGGUCUUGCUUCGAAACUUCCCCCUGUCAUGGCUAGCCGAUGAGGUGCUGCCGCAGCUCGGAGCAAGGAUUUCAGCCUUGCUCAAUAAGUUUGGGCCACUCGCCAGCAAGCCCAAAUUGCUGGAUGGUGCCAUGAGCACAUUGGGGUUGGUGGCCACUGUGGCCUUCAAGGAGGAGAAAGAUGCCGAGAAGGCAAUUCAAGCGCUGGAUGGUCUGGAUUGGAGGAGCCCGGAAGAGGUGAACGGUGGACACCCUGCUGCUGCCCAUGAGCACUUUCGAGCUGAGAUUGUCAACCCCGAGGAGGUGGCUGUCAGGCUUGCUCAACUCAUAGCAGCUCCACCAGGACUUCCCAGCUUCGGUGGAUUGCCAAGUGAAGGUGCGGUUGCAGCACAAGCCUUUCUCAGCGCAGAGGUUGAUCCCAAUUUUCAAGGAGAAAAACCGAAAAAAGAAAGGCCAAAGAUUAAGCUGCAACAAACAGGUCGCAAUCUUCGCUGGGAAAGAUCCAGCAGUGACGAAGAGCCACAGACCACCUGGGACACUUGGAGCGCUCCAGCACCCCCGGUGGCAGAAGUGGUUGAGGUCGCCCCCGAGAUGCGUGAGCUGGAUCCCAGCGACACGCAUUUGGUGAUUCGCGGAGUGCCUUGGGACUGGAGUGCGCUGCAAUUGCAGAUGCUCUUCACUCCUUUUGGCGGAGUCCAGGCCAUGCAGCCGUUUGCCAGCAAUGAUCAGGGCGAGCGUAUCGUGAGGGUACGGCUUGAAGAUUUGGCGCAACACUCUCAAGCGGCAGCGCAUUUCCAACAAAAUCCAAGCGACGGGGUCACAUUGGAGUGCGAGCAUUUUCUUGGACCCAAGGAGCAGGAGAUUCUGGCGCAAGCAGCCGAGGCUGAACGUAAGAGGAAGGCGGAAGCAGAGGAGGCAGAGAGGCAGCGACAAGCUGUGAUUGCGGAGGCUGAGCAGCAGCGGCAGGCUGCCAUGUUUGCGGCCCGGCGAAACAUGUGGGAAGCUGCAAACGCAGAUUUCGCAGCGGCGGUGCUGAUACAGGUUGAGAAAGACUUCGAUCGUGGAAAGCGGCUGCAGGCAGCUGCGGAAUCCUUGAGGGAUACGACACUGAGCAAGCAAAGGAGGCGAAUGAUGAUGGCCUUGGUCGAGGCAGAGCGCAAGAGACAGGCACCAAUGAUCCCCGGCAUGGAGCGGGCUGCCAUGGCGGCUGCCGAUGCAGACUCCGACGCAUGGCAGAAGUAUGUGGUUCAUGCAGAGCGUCAGUACCUGAAGCUGAUCAAGGAGGCGGAAGAAAUGGAAACUCGAGCUAUGGCCAAAGCAGAACGCGAGACCCGCAAAGCUGAGCAGGCUCGCAUCGAUAUGGAGCGACGGCGGCUCCAUCGUGAGUACAAGAUGCGAGAGACAGAACGGGCUUCCAUGAAAAAGGCUGACCAAGAGAGCCGUGUGGUUGAGGCUGCCAUCGCGCUUUCAGAAGAACGCCAACGCGAAGAAUUUGAGGCCGAACUCAUGGAACGAGCUGAGGACGAAGUGCAUGAAUUCUUGCAAGAGGAGAAGCGCAGAGAAGCAGAUGAGCGGCGAAGGAUGGCGGCCGAUGAGGCUGAGUUCUUCCGACGGCAGGAGGAGGAGAAGAAACGGAGGGCCGAAGAGGAGCGCAAGCAAAAGCUCGUCCGGGAAUGGCGGAGGAAACAGCAAGCUAGGAGAGCAUUGGACUCAGAUGAGGAGCAAUUGGAGCCAGAGGAAGAUGAGGAGGACAAGGCUCCAAAAGAGGAGGUACAAACGAAGCAAAAGGACAAAGAAGAAGAGCAACCUCCUCCAAAGGCUGGAGCUCGAAAUCCAUUUGGACCUGUCACACCCAGGCAAGCUCCAGAGAAGACGAACUCGAAGGAGGACAAGGACAAGGAGAACGAUCUUGCGCGGGAAAGCAAGCGGGCCCGCAAAGAGGAGAAACGCAGGCUGAAGGAGGAAGAGGCUGCAAAAAGGCGAAAGCGGGAGAAGGAGGAAGCGGAAGCUGAAUUGCAGCGCUUUGAGCAGGAGCUGCAGCGCCGCAACAACUUCCUGCUGCGGCGGCGUCAGCAAGAGGAGGAUGAUCAGCGCAAAGAGGUUGAGGCGCAGCUGCAAGCUGCAAGAGAGGAGGAAGAACGCAAGCAAAGAAAGGUGGAGAUAGCGCGCAUGGUUCGAGAAGACAAACUACGGAUGAAGUUUGAAGUGGAGGAGAGGAAGCAAGAAGCAGAGAAGCGAAAACGCGAGGAAGCUGAAAGAAGAAAGCAGGACCGAGCAGAGCGACGACGGAAGGAAGAGGAGCAGGAAAAACAUGAGAGGGAAGAGCAGCUAAAAGCUUCAGCACGCUGCAUGCGCCCUGAGGAGACUGCGAGGCUUUUGCAAGCAAAAGAGCAGGAAAUUGCGCGAAUACAGGCGGAGCUUGCCAAGAAGAGGAAAGAGGAGGCGAUCAAGCGGCAACAGGAGGAGCGGAUGAAAGGCCUUUGCAGUGAGAAAAGGUCACACGCCUCUCUCUCUCUCUCUCUCUCCCUCCUGCAAUCUCCGCAAUGCUGCAUCUCACAAUUAGGUGGCAGAAGCAGGUCGAAGUCAUCAUCUCCUGCGACAUCUGCAAGCAGGUGUCAAGAGAAGUCAAGCAGCAGCCCAUCCGCUGCCCGGAAGCGCCGCCGAGUGUCGAAGCGGCGCAAGGGUCGAUCUCCUAGUCGAUCCCGACGAAAUGAGAAGCGAAGAAAGCAUCGCAAUCGUAGCAGAAGUUCCAGCUCAAGUGGCAGACGAAGAAAACAUUUGUGCAGACUUCUUUGCUGAUGGUUAUCUCCGUAUGUGCUGCUGCCUGCACACAUCAAAUUGAAUGUAAGCCUUUGUUUCCUGUGCAAUUCACAAUUUC